GUCUCGCUUCCUCUCUUUUCGCUAUUUAGUCCUACCGAUACAAACUGUCAAAAUAACAACAACAACAACAACAACAAGAAAAUAAAUGAACAAUUAUUAACAAAAGCUUGCUUUAGUGUGUGGAUAUAUUGAUUUAUGGAUAAUGAUGUAACAAUGAAUAUUGUGAGCCUGUGGGUGUUGCUGUGGCUGUCUGGAAUUGCGCUGGCCACAGAUGACUGCUAUGAUGAUUGCACCGACUACAAACCCAAGUCACCACUUGUUUACUGUUCUUAUUUACCAAUGGAGUUCCUGAACUGCAGUCAACCAGAAGACUUGAAUGGCAAUGAGACCAGAAGAAAUGAACUUGAUGGCUAUGGCUGCACAAAAUGGGGAGGCGAUAGAUACGAGGACGUGCAGAUGGCUAAGGUGUGGUGUGAGGCCUUGCCAGGAGUGCAUUGUUAUGGCAACCGGACAUUCCUCAAGGAUGGCUUCCCUUGUAUCAAAUAUUCAGGCCACUACUUUGUGACGACGUUGAUAUACUCCGUCUUGCUGGGAUUUCUUGGCGUGGACCGAUUUUGUUUAGGACAUACAGGUGAAGCUAUAGGGAAGCUGCUGACUUUGGGUGGUGUUGGUAUCUGGUGGAUAGUAGAUGUUGGCCUACUGGUGACUGGCAUGUUGAAGCCCAAAGAUGACAGCAACUGGGUCCCGUACUACUGAGCUGGGAACCGACGUGUGAACAUUUAGAAAAACAGGCUAACUCCAUGCAAUUAUGCCACUGGUUAUAAGUAUUUGCAUAAUAAAAUGUUGCUAUUGACACAAACUGUGUGAUGAGGAUUUAUUAAAAUUAAGUCACCAUUAAAGGCUUUAACAUGUUAUUUUCUCAUCCUUAUUUUAUUGUUUAAAGUCAUUAAUAUGAAAAGCCCUGUUAUGUAGAAAAUUAAAGUGAGUUGCGUUAAUAAUGCUUUCCUUUGAAGAAGUUGGGUUAUUUUGCUUGACACCUACCUAUCUGGCGGUCAGGCAGUCGUUUUGUCCAUAAACUAUGCGGUUUACCACAAUAUCCAAAAUACACUUGGUUCUUAGAUUAUCAAAUGGUUUUAUGAUUAGGCAACUUGAAAACCAUUUUCACAGAGAGAGGGCUUCAAGCUAGGAAAUAUACAUUCGUUUCUAAUUAAUCUUAACCAAAAAAACAACUUAUCGAUUUCUAUAUUAAAGGUCGAGGUCACAGAUCGAUGCAAUAUGAAGAAAUAUCUUAACUGUUGCUUCAUAUGUAUAACUUUGCUGCAUUUAAAGGGGCAAAGAUGUUUUACAAAGAUGUUUUACAAACAUCUCUUGUUUAUUAAAAGUACUCGAUCAUUGUGAUAGCAGUUAUUACUGUUUACCUUCAUAUACAGGUUUGAACACAUGAUGUUUGCUUUAAAGAACACACUACACCACAUUUCAUAAUGUCACAUUUAAUUUUUGUUACAGUAAAAGAGGUGUUAUAUUUGUGUGUAUGAUUAUAUGCAUCAUUUUUAUGUUCCUCAGUCUAAAUUGGGGGACAUAUUGUUUUUGCCCAGUCUGUUUGUUUGUUUGUUGGUUUGCUUCAAACUUUAACAUUUGCCAUAACUUUUGCAAUAAUGAAGAUAGCAACUUGAUAUUUGGCAUGCAUGUGUAUCUCAUGGAGAUGCACAUUUUGAGUGGUGAAAGGUCAAGGUCAUCCUUCAAGGUAAAAUAUAUUUGGGGGGACAUAGUGUUGCUCAAACACAUCUUGUUCAUAUUGUUAUUUUAUUUAUGUAUAUCACAAAAAACAUUUUUGGGGCUAAACAUGUUUGUUGAGAACUAAACAAUUAAUGGUUUUUAUUUGUCCUUAUCAAAAGUCUGUGGAUGAAUUAGCAUACUCACAUAAUGCAUGAAUUAUUACUGAAUGAAUCAUGUAAAGUAAAUGUAUACAUUGUUAAACGUUUAUUGCUUAAAUGCAAGCCUCCAUACGUCCAUCAAUGUCAAGUUGAACAUUUGAAAAGUUCCAUAUUGUGAGUACAAUACACGAUUUGGACAUGAAAAUAGAUACGUUUUUCAAUGUCAUUGAUAGGGAAAACACUUGUUUCACGAGCAGUCUCUUGAUUGUUUCUUACCAUGUUACUGUCAUUUGAUGUGUGCAGAUUUAUUAUAGAGUCGGAAUAUAGGAAAAUAAUUGUCCAAAAUAUAAUAUUCCAUGUGCAUGGAUGCAACUUGAAAUAAGGUGCAAUAUAUUAUAUGAUAUAUAUGUAUGUAAUUAAAUGGAUGUUAUAUAUGUAUGUAAUAAAUUGUACUGAUUACUG